UUCAGACACAAACAUAAACUAUAGAGUUUAAUAAAAUAAAAAACAAAAAAAACACAUAAACAAGAGAGAUUCAAACAAGUAAGAUAGAUUCGAUUCGAUUCAAGAAUCGAAAACAUGAAGUUCGGGAAAGAGUUCUCGUCUCAAAUGGUGCCAGAGUGGCAACAAGCUUACAUGGACUACGACUUCCUCAAAAAACGUCUCAAAGAAAUCAUCAGAUUCCAACGAAGAACCAACAAUGCACACCAUCCUCAUGGUGGUGCCAAGAACAGCGGAGGACUAAACCGGAAAAUGACUCUGUACCGUGCGUUCAGCGGUCUAGUAUCGACCCCGGGAAGACACAAACGCGGUCAUCCUCAUGAUGUCGAAGAAGGCGUACAGUUGACGGCAACAUCAUCCACGACGCCGGGACCAAUCCUUGUUAACACAACCUCGGGUCACGGCUGCGAGACGACGUUUCUGAUGGCGGCGGAGGAAGGAGGAGAGUACGAGCUAGUAUUUUUCCGAAGACUAGACGAUGAGUUCAAUAAGGUUGAAAAGUUUUACAAAGAGAAAGUUGAAGAAGUGUUGAAAGAAGCUGCCAUGCUUAACAAACAAAUGGACGCUUUGAUAGCGUUUCGUGUUAAAGUUGAGAAUCCUGAUGGGUGGCGAUGGGAGGAAAGGACGGUGGAGAUAACUCGAUUAGCGUCUGAUAUUGCUACUUCCGCGGCGGCUCUCUCUGCUUCUACUCCCGCCGGAGCUAAAUCCAUGAAAAUUCGAAGUCAAGAGCACUUGGAAGCUAUAAAAGAAGGAGGCUCGAGCAGAGCUGGGCUAACGGAAGUUGAUGAAGACGAAGAUGAAGAAGAAGAAGAAAACGAAACCUCGGUGGUUUCAUCCGGAGCAGUCAAUGACGUGACUACGAGCAGAAUGAGAGCAGCGAGACCAGCUCCGCUCGAGGUUCUUGAUCGAGUCAAGAUCAACAACACAAAAGAGACGCCUCGUUCAACCAUUAAAGGAGUUCUCAAAGUACCGAAUCACACUGAGUUAAAAUUCAGCAGAGAGAAUCUGAUGAAAGUCGAAGAGAGUCUCAAACGUGCUUUCAUUGAGUUUUAUCACAAGCUUCGCCUUCUCAAAAGCUAUAGCUUUUUGAAUGUAUUGGCGUUUUCGAAGAUAUUGAAGAAGUAUGAUAAGAUAACGUCGAGAGGUGCAACGAGGAUUUACAUGAAAGUGGUUGAUAGUUCAAACUUGGGAAGCUCUGAUGAGGUUAUGAGACUCAUGGAGCGUGUUGAAGCAACAUUCAUAAAGCAUUUUGCUAACGCUAAUCGAACUAAAGCAAUGAACAUUUUAAGACCUAAAGCAAAACGGGAGAGACAUAGAACUACAUUUUCUACUGGUUUCAUGGCUGGAUGCGUUUUCUCUCUUAUAGUGGCUCUUGCCGCGAUCAUCCGUACCCGAAAUCUCUUGGAAAAAGAAGGCCAGAAGGAAUACAUGAAUACUAUGUUCCCUCUUUAUAGUUUGUUCGGGUUUAUCGUGCUGCACAUCAUCAUGUAUGCUGGUAAUAUAUACUAUUGGAGGCGAUACCGAGUAAACUAUUCCUUCAUAUUUGGGUUCAAGCAAGGUACUGAACUUGGAUACAGACAAGUCCUGCUUGUUGGUUUCAGCAUCGGAGUCUUUGCAUUGCUUUGUGUUCUUGCCAAUCUUGACAUGGAGGCAGACCCCAAUACCAAAGACUAUAAAGCCAAAACUGAACUUCUUCCUCUUAUCUUACUUGUUGCUAUGUUCAUGGUUCUAGUCCUGCCAUUCAAUUACUUUUACCGCUCGAGCCGCUAUUUCUUCCUCACUUGUCUGUUUCAUUGCCUUGCCGCUCCUCUUUACAAGGUUACAUUGCCUGAUUUCUUCUUGGGAGAUCAAUUAACUAGCCAGGUUCAAGCGCUUCGAAGCAUCGAGUUCUACAUAUGUUACUAUGGUUGGGGAGACUACAGAAAAAGAAAAAGUACUUGCAAAGAAUCUGAUGUCUACAACACUUUCUUAUUCAUUGUUGCUGUCAUCCCUUAUGUCUCUCGCCUCCUUCAGUGCCUGAGACGGCUAAUUGAGGAAAAAAACCCGGAACAAGGGUACAACGGACUCAAGUACUUCUUGACUAUAGUGGCGGUUUGCUUGAGAACGGCUUACAGCAUCCAAAAAGGUCAAGUCGCGUGGAGGGUUUUAGCCGCUGUCUUCUCAUUUAUAGCUGCAAUAUUCUGCACUUGGUGGGACUUUGUCCAUGAUUGGGGUCUUCUAAACAGGAGAUCCAAAAACCGUUGGCUUCGAGAUAAACUCCUCGUUCCUCAGAAGAAAGUAUACUUCAUAGCCAUGGUUUUGAAUGUCCUGCUGAGAUUUGCGUGGAUCCAGACGGUUCUGGACUUCAACUUUUCCUUCAUGCAUAGACAGACGAUGGUUACCAUUGUGGCUAGUCUUGAGAUCAUUCGUCGUGGUAUAUGGAACUUCUUCAGAUUAGAGAACGAGCAUUUGAACAAUGUCGGGAAAUACCGAGCCUUCAAGUCAGUUCCAUUACCGUUCAACUACGAUGAAGAUGACGAUAAAGACGAUUAGUAGUUUCAGAAGACCCGUGAAUGCUCUUUAGCUACCAAAUUCGCGUAAAAAAUUUAUUCUUCAGAUUGUUCAUUUUAGUCUAUAUGAUUCUUUCUAUUCAA